AUGAAGGGUAGGCGUAGCUUAGGUGCAGGUAAGACGACCGGGUUUCGAUAACGUUGACUUAGGUUUACGCAAUGCUGUUUGGACAUAUAUAGACUUCCAGGAAUUUAAAACAUUUUGCAUUUUUGGAGAAUACAACGUGUGUCUACGGUCCCGGGCUAUUAAGGGGCUCAGCCAUGAACAAGCUGCGACAGAGCUUUCGGCGCAAGAAGGACGUGUACGUGCCUGAGUCAAGCCGACCGCACCAGUGGCAGACGGACGAAGAGGCCGUACGCAGUGGGAAAUGCAACUUCGCUGUCAAGUACCUGGGCCAUGUGGAGGUGGAGGAGAGCCGUGGGAUGCACAUCUGCGAGGAUGCUGUCAAGAGACUGAAGAUGGACAGGAAAUUCUUCAAGGGCUUCUUUACGAAAGCGGCUAAGAAGACGGUGAAGGCCGUGCUGUGGGUGUCGGCGGACGGCCUGCGCGUCGUCGACGAAAAGACGAAGGACCUGAUCCUGGAUCAGACGAUAGAGAAAGUGUCUUUCUGUGCUCCGGACCGCAACUUUGAGCGAGCCUUCUCCUAUAUCUGCCGAGAUGGGACCACGCGCCGCUGGAUCUGCCACUGCUUCAUGGCUGUCAGAGACUCUGGGGAACGGCUGAGCCAUGCGGUGGGCUGCGCCUUUGCUUCCUGCCUGGAGCGCAAGCAGAAGCGGGAGAAGGAGUGCGGAGUGACGGCCACCUUCGACGCCAACCGCACCACCUUCACCCGUGAGGGCUCCUUCCGCAUCACCACGGCGACUGAGCAGGCCGAGCGUGAGGAGGUCUUACGGCAGAUCCAAGAUGUCAAAAAAGCUGAUGCGGAGCUGUCCGUCCCCAUAACCACGGCACCUCUGGCAGCGACCCCGGGAGCACUGCCCCCGUCCUCCUCCCCGCCGGUGGCCCCCUCUGUCGCGGACACCAACCCGCACGCCAUCCCCCGGCGGCACGCCACUGCCGAGGCGCUCGCCCGGCAGGGCUCCUUCCGCGCCUUCCCCACUCUCAGCCAGACGUCUCCCUUCAAGCGCCAGCUGUCCCUGCGUAUGAAUGAUCUGCCAUCCAACGGGCAGCGCAAGGGCUACGAGAUGGAGAUGGAGGGCGACAGCAUUAGCUCCCUGUGUACCCAGAUCACCUCCACGUUCAGUGGGCCCCCUGAAGAUCCCUUCUCCUCUGCUCCCAUGCCUAAGCCCACCUCUUCGCCGCAGUCUCCAGCCGUGCCAGUGAACGGAUCCGUUCCUGCCUCCAGCCCACCAACCAAUAGCAUGCUGAGCACGGCCCCCCCAAGCAUGCCCCCGCCGUUGCCGGCACGAGAUACCAAUCCCUGGGCCAGGCCUGCUGCUGGGAUCCCAGGCCAGGGCUACAUAGGAGGAGACUUGACCAGCGCCACCCCUGCACCCGCCAGCUCUGGCCCCGCCGCCCUGCACACCCACAGACGGACCCCCUCAGAGGCAGACCGCUGGCUAGAUGAGGUGACCAAGUCUGUGCGUGCCCAGCAGCCCCCCGUCGCCGCAGUCAUGGGCACGCCUUCCCCCCCCACCCACCACGUACCCAUGCCAGCGGUCCCCUUCAUGCCCGCUCUGGCGCCCGCUGUACCCUUGCUGCCCCCACCACAGCCCAUCUAUCCCGUUCCUCCUCCGGCCUCCUACCCCGUUUCCAACGGGGCCCCAUUCGGGGCCCUCAGCGUGCCCGCUGUCGGCAUCACCCCGUCCCAGAUGGUGGCUAACGUCUUCGGCACGGCCGCGCCCCCAGUCCAACCGGUGCCCUUCCCCCAGCACAGCGUCAUCGCCGCCCCCCCCGGUGGCUUCUACAAGCCCUCCCCACCACCGGCCACCGACCCAGCCUCCUGCUCUCCGCUGCACCCCAAUGGCAGUGCCUCCGUCAACGGUGCAGAAAUCUGGGCCGGCCAAGGCCAACCCCCGGCUGACGAUUUCGACAGCCAGUGGGCCGCCCUCGAGGGCCAGUCGCGCCAGCGGGCCACGCCGUCCCACACAAACCCCUUCUCCAGUGAGCUGCAGAAAACGUUUGAGAUCCAGCUGUGAGGCUGGGCACCACUAAGAAUGUAGAGAGGAGGCGAUGAAGGCGGGGGAGGGGAUCAGGAGUAUAGGACCCCAACACCCUGCCUGAGUACCUCCCCAAACUGAAUGGGAUGUGAAGGUCUGUAACCAGCAGAAGGUAUCUGGAGACCUGUGAGUUUGCCAGUGUGAUAUCCAUCCAGGUGUUUUGUAUGUCCAUCACUCUCUCAGGCGUGAUGCCUCAUGCAGCAAAGCUGUGCAUGGAGGAUGACAAACUCUGCCAGCACCAACUCCCACUCGGCCUUGCUCUGAGCUUUUACUGCCCCCUUGUGGCGGAGCUGCAAUAUGCUGCCCCACCCAAUGCAGGCGCUGAAGUGCUGAGGCAAACAGAGCUCCCAGACAAGUGUUUCAGAAGUGGAGGAGCAUGAUGAAAGGAUAAGAAUGCCAAAAUCUUUAUUUUUAUGCAUUUAUUAUAUUUUAAAAUGAAUUUAAUAAGUUGUAUAUAAUACUGCCAAAGGUGCAGGCUAACCAUCAUUGGGAUAAGUGUACAUAGACUUUUUUUAUCGUAUGUAAAUGUAAUGUUGAGUUAUGGGUUUUUUUUUUUAAUGCCCUGUGAUUUGCAAUGAGAUUUUAUCGUAUGUCAGAGGCAGAACCCUCCCCCCCCCCCCAUGCUUGAGCCCAGUGAGCAGCUGGCUGAGGGUGGGUGGCUGUUCUGUCCCCCAUUUAAUUUAUAGUGCACACCAGCCCCCACGUCAAGCCCUCUCCUUUCUUGUCUGUCUUUUUAAUAUUUCUGUCCAUCUGACCUGCAUCCUUCGUUUUCCGUUAUUUUCGUUACGGCUUCGGUCUGCAUGGUUCCUGCUGGUAGGUGGAGGAGUGACCCGCCUCCUGCUGCUUCCAGUCCCACUUUCAGGUCCGUGUGUGACCUGUGCUCCCUGCCUGUGUUUUGUUCCCAUCCUUGAACAUGUGAACCAUUGACAGCUGGUCUUUCUAUCCAUUUUUUUUCCACUGUUCUCUCAAACUGUUGGGACAAAGACUGAAUAAAGUGGUGGUCAGAAAAC